AAAUGCUACCAGUUCACAUGACGAGUCAUGGUUUAUUCACUCGGAGCGGCUGCUACCGACUCUAACCGCGUCUAACGACAGUUUCUACCAGGAAGACGAGCUUUAGGAACAACAAACAACUCUUCUCCGUUUAUAUUCAGAGAGCAGAGGAACGUAAACAACAACAGGAAGAAGGACAACAACAACAACAACAACAACAACAACAGUGACGCUUCAGUUUAAGCUAACGGUCCGUCAAGUCAAGUGCAGUUCGCCGCGUAGACCCACCUGCGCCUACAGCCUGCAGAGACACAACACCACCUCCGGGGGCUAUUAUCUCUCUUUAACAGGGGGGGACAAAAAGAAGUAAAGUCCGCCCGGAAGGAUGAAACUCUCCCACGCUUUGGCCGCGCUCAUCAUCGCCUGGUGUGCGGUUUUAGGUUGCAUUCAGGCUGUCACUCUUGAGGUGAAGCAGGGGAACUCCACCUGCAUUAAGGCUGAGCUCUCUGCCUCGUUCUCCAUCACGUACAACACCUCCAGCAGCACAAGAACAGUGCAGGUGCCUCUGCCUGACUCCACCACAGUAGAUACAGGCAGCAGCUCGUGUGGCACAGCCGACAGCUCGCCAUGGCUGGUGGCGGUGUUUGGACCUGGCCAUGCGCUGGGGCUGAGCUUUUCAUCCAAUGGAAGUCAGUACAGUGUCGCUAACCUCACGCUGCAGUACAACCUCAGCGACGCUUCCAUCUUCCCUGAGGCGAACAGCUCCGAUGUGGUGACUGUGGUGUCAGCUUCAGUUGGGAUCUGGGCGACGAUCAACACCACCUACCGCUGUGUGAGCCCCUCCACUUUUAGAGUUGGUGGGGCAACUGUCACUUUCUCUAAUAUGAGACUGGAGGCAUAUAUGCCAGGAAAUGACCUCAGUCCAACAGAAAGCGUGUGUAUGGCAGAUCAGGCCAGCACUACAGCUCCACCUACCACUGCCAGUACUACAACAACUGCAGCUCCAGCACCGACCCCUCCAGGAACACCUGAGCGGGGCACUUACUCUGUAAAAAACGGCAACGGCACUGUAUGUCUCCUGGCCCAAAUGGGACUGCAGCUCAACGUCUCUUAUUUCUCUGUGUCUCAGAAUAAGACUGUCCAAGAAUUAAUAAACCUGACACCAGAUCUGACAAACUCCUCAGGAUCAUGUGAGGCCAGCAGUGCUUCCUUGGUUUUGACACAGGAGCGAAGCACCACGCUCACCUUCAUGUUCAGUCUGAACUCCACGAGCAAAAAGUACCACCUGAGUGGGAUAACUGUGCUUGCUAAUUUGACUGAUGCAACUGCUCCCUUCACAGCCAGUAACACCAGCCUGGACUACCUGCGGAGUACGCUGGGCCGCUCCUACAUGUGCAACACUGAGCAAACUCUGGCUGUGGUGCCCACUUUCUCUCUCAACACAUUCAGACUGCAGGUCCAACCCUUUGCAGUCACUACCAACCAGUUUGCUACAGCGGAGGAGUGUCAGAUGGAUCAAGACCAGAUGCUCAUCCCCAUCAUUGUCGGAGCAGCUCUUGCCGGCCUGGUGCUGAUCGUCCUCAUUGCAUAUCUAAUAGGCAGGAAGAGGAGCCACGCUGGAUACCAGACCAUCUGAAUGAACCCAUUCAUUUCAUUUAAACCUGACAGACUGAACAGUGGAGAGAUGGAUCCCAGUGUGUGUGAGCAGGAACAUAAUAGACUAUGGACACGAGCAUGAGUGAAUGGAGGCAGUUAUUACUCUGGCGAGUGCAUGUUUUUGCAUUUAUCCUAUGUGACCUCUGGAUAUUUUUUAUUUACCUUUCACUUUCUCUGUGAGAUGAUGAUGAGACGCCACAGACCUGCUAACUUUAGAUGGUGUGCAUCUUGAUAAAGCGUGAGAGGACCGAGUCUUCACACAGUCGAUGGAGGUAGUUUGAAUUUGCUGCGGCAAGUUCACUGUCAGCUGUUUACUCUUGCUUCAUGAAGUUCUAGGGGUUGGUUGGAUUUGCUUGAACUUGUUUUUAGCGGUGUAAUUAUUUAUAAAAAAAAAAAUCAUUUGCAAAUUAGAGUCAGAGGGAGGGUCAAAUGAAUUGAAGGACAAAGAUAAUUGUUUUUUUAUGGCUUGUGUGUGCAAGUAAAACCUUUCAAGUUAGGUGGAGUUUUAUUUUUACACCUACACAUGCUCACUAGCAUUUUUUUAACUACAUGAGCUAAAAAGGGAAAGCUCUGAGUGUUUUCCAAAUGUUUUCCUCCACAGUGGAGACUGUCCCAAUAGAGAGGCAAAAGUCCCGCCCCCUCUAGUGGACGAUUAUAGGACCUUAAAUUGGAAACAGAAAAUGUACAGUAGUUAACGGUGAGAAAAAUAAUUUUCUGAUCUUGUUUGAAUUGUGCCAGGAUUUUGUUAAUUUAAGAGAACAUUUUGCGAGUCAAGAAAGGUGCAGUUUGUUGAAAAACUAUUGAAAAAGACUACAGGAGUCGCAUAUGUCAUAGCUUUCUUUCUCUGAGGCCACGAUGCCUGUGUUUUGUACAGGGUCGUACUCGCACAAGUAGCAGUUCUUGCUUGUUCUUUUGCUUCCCGCUGAUAAAAACACCAGGAGUCGCUAGAUAAAACAAAUCAUAAUGAUAAACCUAAUUUUUGCGUAGAACCUGGCUAAAGUACCUAGCUAGCUAGCUGGUGUUAGCAUCCUGAAUUGUGCGAGAUGAAAGCUGUAGUUUACCUACGACAAAGUGCCACUUCCUUGACUUGGAAAAUUAUCUUUUAAAUUAACAAACAUCAUAAGUAUAAAUUAAUGGCACAGUUUGAACAGGAUCAAAUAAUUGUUCGUCUUUUAGUAUGGACUACUGUAAUAUCUGAAAUAAGGUCCCAUGGGUAAAGUGGCGAGGGGAAGGACUUUGUCUCUACAGUGCACUGAGGCACAGCUUAAUUCAGCUAAUUAAACACAAUCCGGUAAUUGUGAUGAUGAAAAGGUGGAGAGCUGCUUUGUGUAAUCAGUGUGUAGUGGUCUGGCCAUACACAGAGUGCAACUCUGCAUUACUAAAAUGUGUUUAACAUUAUAAGUGAACAGGUGCAUGGAUUCAUCUCCCAUUCUCCUGCUUCCCCCCCCUCUCUCCUUAAAGAAAUGUUAAUAUGAAUUGUAGUGAUUUGAUCUUUUAUUUUUAUAGAAAAUGGUUUGAUUUCGUUUUCUAUUAUGCCUCUUACUGAAAGUUAAUAAAAAUAUUAAAAGUC